GGGGUGUCUCACUGGAGAUCCCUGCAUACCUGAGGCCUUUCAGGGUUACACGCCAUCACAUCGGUGAACCUCUCGAGAGGCUGAGAAGCUGGCGCUGAAGCUGAAGCCUGGGAAGUGCUCCUCAGUAUUUUUUGCUGGCUUGUGCAAUGUCUGCUGCAGAAGAGCUUUCUGCAAGUCCCUCUCUUGCAUGACAACACUGUGUGAAACUGUCAUAACCAGUACAGCUGAGAGUUGGAAAACAUGCCCUGCUUGGAGAUGACAACCAAAAGGAAGAUUAUUGGCCGCUUGGUGCCCUGCCGCUGUUUUCGCGGUGAGGAGGAGAUCGUUUCCGUCCUGGAUUACUCUCACUGCGGCCUACAGCAGGUGCCAAAGGAGGUCUUCAACUUCGAGCGCACGUUAGAGGAGCUUUAUCUGGAUGCCAAUCAAAUCGAAGAGCUACCCAAGCAACUGUUCAACUGCCAGGCGCUACGCAAGCUGAGCAUACCAGACAAUGACCUCUCCAGUCUGCCAACCACCAUUGCUAGCUUAGUUAAUCUCAGAGAACUUGAUAUCAGUAAAAAUGGAAUUCAAGACUUCCCAGAGAAUAUUAAGUGCUGUAAAUGCUUAACAAUUAUUGAAGCCAGUGUCAAUCCAGUAUCUAAGCUGCCAGAUGGCUUCACACAACUUCUAAAUUUGACCCAGCUCUAUCUAAAUGAUGCCUUUUUGGAGUUUCUCCCAGCUAACUUUGGAAGACUUGUCAAAUUGAGAAUAUUGGAGUUAAGGGAAAAUCACUUGAAAACUCUUCCAAAGUCGAUGCACAAGCUGACUCAGCUGGAGAGACUUGAUCUGGGCAAUAAUGAGUUUUCUGAACUGCCUGAGGUUCUCGAACAAAUACAGAAUCUGAAGGAAUUGUGGAUGGACAAUAAUUCUCUGCAAAUACUACCUGGGUCUAUAGGGAAGUUAAAACAGCUCGUGUACCUGGAUAUGUCAAAAAACAGGAUAGAAACUGUUGAUUUGGACAUAUCGGGAUGUGAAGGACUUGAAGACCUCCUGUUGUCAUCAAAUAUGUUGCAGCAACUGCCAGACUCCAUAGGGCUGCUGAAAAGGCUCACCACGUUAAAAGUGGAUGACAAUCAGCUCACAAUUUUGCCCAACGCGAUUGGAAAUUUAUCUUUAUUAGAAGAAUUUGACUGCAGCUGUAAUGAGUUGGAGUCGUUACCUUCUACCAUCGGUUACCUUCACAACCUGAGGACGUUGGCUGUGGAUGAGAAUUUCCUUCCUGAGCUGCCCAGAGAAAUUGGAAGUUGCAAAAACGUAACCGUGAUGUCCCUGCGCUCCAACAAACUGGAAUUUCUUCCAGAUGAAAUAGGUCAGAUGCAGAAGCUGAGAGUGUUAAACCUGAGUGAUAACAGGCUGAAGAACUUGCCAUUCACUUUUACUAAACUCAAAGAACUUGCAGCUUUGUGGCUUUCUGACAACCAGUCCAAGGCUCUCAUCCCCCUGCAAACUGAGGCUCACCCGGAAACGAAGCAGAGAGUUUUGACUAACUACAUGUUUCCCCAGCAACCCCGCAGCGAUGAAGAUUUCCAGUCAGACAGUGAUAGCUUCAACCCUACUUUGUGGGAGGAGCAGAGACAGCAACGUAUGACUGUUGCCUUUGAAUUUGAAGAAAAAAAGGAAGAGGAGGAAAAUCCAGGGAAAGUUAAGGUUGAAAUAAAUCUAAAACGUUAUCCCACUCCAUACCCGGAGGAUUUAAAGAAUAUGGUAAAAUCAGUUCAAAAUCUGGUGGGCAAAACAAGCCAUGGAGUACGGCCUGAGAACUCAGCACCAACCGCCAACACUGAACAAACUGUGAAAGACAAGUAUGAGCACAAGUGGCCCAUGGCACCAAAGGAGAUUUCAGUGGAGGUGCAAGAAUUCCAUAAGAGUCAACUGUCUGAUACAGACAACACUCAUAAAUCGACUCUGGACAGGAAGGAGAAAGAAGAGCGUACAAAAAGCUCAGAGGAUGCCUUUGGACAUCCUGCCAGUGAGAUGAGGAUAGGGGAACUUCGUCCUUCCCUGCCAGAGACUCCGUUGUACCCACCCAAACUUGUUCUUCUGGGUAAAGACAAGAAAGAGUCGACAGAUGAGUCUGAAGCAGAUAAGAUCCACUGUCUGAAUAACAGCGUUUCCUCAGGCACUUACUCAGACUAUUCCCCUUCCCAGGCUUCCUCAGGGUCCUCCAACGCGCACGUUAAAAUGGGGUCCUUGCAGACAUCGGCUAAAGAAGCAGUGAAUAACUCUUUGUGGGGGAACAGCAGGCUGGUGCAAUCGUUUCCGCAGCCCCUCGAAACAAAGCCAUUACUGAGCCAACGGGAAUCUGCUCCGGCAGGGAACGUGCCGCCGCGCACCGACCGGCGUCCUCUGAGUGAGACCUUCACCGACAGCUGGAAUGACAGCUCACACUACGACAACACCGGCUUCGUGGCGGAGGAGAGUGUGGUGGAGAACCCCAGCGCUAACCCUCUGCUAAGCACGAAAUCUAGAAGCACAUCUGCGCAUGGGCGCAGGCCGCUGAUUAGGCAGGACAGGAUAGUUGGCAUUCCUCUGGAGCUGGAGCAGCCGACGCUCAGAAACACACACGAAUCUGAAGUGCCUCCUCCCAACCCUUGGCAAAAUUGGACCAGAACCCCUAGUCCUUUUGAAGACAGGACAGCUUUUCCUUCCAAACUGGAAAACACCCCCACCACCAGCCCUUUGCCCGAGCGGAAAGAUCAUGUCAAAGAGUCUCCUGAGAUAACUAGCACUUUCGCUCCCGGAAUAGCAUGGGAAUAUCACGAUUCAAAUGCUAACAGAAGCCUCACAAAUGUCUUUUCACAUAUCCACUGUCGCCCAGACCCUUCUAAAAGUGUUAUUUCCAUCAGCAAGAGUACGGAAAGGCUUUCUCCGAUGAUGAGGGAUUUAAAAACUAACAAAUUUAAGAAAUCGCAAAGUAUCGACGAGAUAGACAUCGGUACCUACAAGGUUUAUAAUAUUCCUUUAGAAAACUAUGCAUCUGGUAACGAUACUGUAGGAGCCCACGAGAGGGUGGACAAGCUGCUGGGCCCGGAGCACGGCAUGCUGAGCAUGUCCCGCAGCCAGUCGGUCCCCAUGCUGGACGACGAGCUGCUGACCUACGGCAGCGUCAAGGUGCAGCCGCAGCAGAAGUCAUCCGUGACGAAGAAGGUCUACCAGUUUGACCAAAGCUUCAACCCGCAGGGAGCAGUGGAGGUCACGGCCGAGAAGAGGCUACCGCCACCUUUCCAGCUCAACCCCGAGUACAUCGCCCCGCAGAGCAAGAACCUGCCCCAGGAGCUGGUCAGCCCCAGGGCGUACCGCGGCUACCCGCCCGUGGAGCACAUGUUCUCCUUCUCCCAGCCGUCGGUGAACGAGGAUGCCGUCAGCACGCCCUUCACGAGUCAGGGCUCCAGGCCGGGCUUCUUGAGGAGGGCGGAUUCUCUGGCCAGCUCUACCGAGAUGUCCAUGUUCCGCAGGGUGAGCGAGCCCCACGAGCUGCUGCCUGGCGACAGGUACGGCCGGGCUCCGUACCGCGGGGCCAUGGAGCGCCAGGGCAGCAUCUCGGUCUCUGAGUCCCAGUUCCUCAAGAGGAACGGCAGGUAUGAGGACGAGCAUCCUUCCUAUCAAGAAGUGAAAGCCCAGACCGGCAGCUUUCCCGUUAAAAACCUCACCCAAAGGAGGCCCUUGUCCGCAAGAAGCUACAGUACAGAGAGUUAUGGCACCUCUCAAACCAGGCCGGUCUCAGCGAGACCCACCAUGGCGGCUCUGCUGGAAAAGAUACCGUCAGACUAUAACUUGGGUAACUAUGGCGACAAGCCUUCCGAUAGCAGUGAUAUAAAGACAAGGCCCACCCCUGUGAAGGGAAAUGAGAGCUGUGCUAAAAUGCCUGCUGACUGGAGACAACAGCUACUUAGACAUAUAGAAGCUAGAAGGUUAGACAGGACCCCGUCGCAGCAGAGCAGCGUCCUGGACAACGGGCAGGACGAGGGGCCGGGGAGCGGCCAGUGGAACCCCUACCCGCUGGGGCGGCGGGAUGUGCCCCCCGACACCGUCAGCAAGAAGGCAGGUAGCCACAUCCAGACCUUGAUGGGGUCGCAAAGCCUGCAGCACCGCAGCCGUGAGCAGCAGUACGAGGGGAACAUGAACAAGGUGACCAUCCAGCAGUACCAGCCCCCGCUGCCCAUCCAGAUCCCCUCCUCGCAGAGCUCCCGAGGGCCGCAGACGGGGCGAUGCCUCAUCCAGACCAAGGGGCAGAGGAGUACAGACGCCUACCAGGAGCAGUUUUGUGUGAGGAUAGAGAAGAAUCCUGGCCUUGGUUUUAGUAUCAGUGGUGGAAUAAGUGGACAAGGCAAUCCAUUCAAACCUUCCGAUAAGGGUAUCUUUGUUACUAGGGUUCAGCCUGACGGACCAGCAUCCAGCCUGCUCCAGCCUGGCGACAAGAUCCUCCAGGCGAACGGACACAGUUUUGUACAUAUGGAACACGAGAAAGCUGUAUUACUACUGAAGAGUUUCCAGAACACAGUAGACCUAGUUAUUCAACGUGAGCUUACCGUCUAA